CCGAGAUGACCUACUAAAACAAAUCCAGCUACUAAUAGCACCCUGCCUACGAAAUCGACGCGCGCAACACCCAAGCAAAAUCCAAAGUGCGACACAAGCAUAACCACCACCGCCGCCGCCGCCAUGGACAACAACACCCCACACCAAGAUGAUCCCCUCUCCUCAACCGAUGAAGAGAUAGACUACUAUGCCAUUCUUAAUCUCCCGCGAGAUCCACCUCCCACAGAGGCACAAAUUCGCUCCGCGUACCGCACUCUCACCCUUAGCUUUCAUCCAGAUAAACAGCCACCUGAGCUGGUGGAGUCGGCACGAUGGCAUUUCGAUCGCAUUCAGACUGCGUAUGCUACGCUGGUUGACCCCAAGAAAAGAAUCGUGUAUGAUUUGCUGGGUGCAGAGGGCCUGAGGAACGAGUGGGGGCAAGGGGAUUUGAAGGUUGGGGUGAGGGCCAUGCCUAGUGGUGAAUUCCGGAGCUGGUUUUUGGAAAGGAUGAAGAGGAAGGAGAGGGCAGUGGUCGAAAGUUUGGUUAGGUCUAGGGGAUCCUUCACGCUUGGGAUUGACGUCUCUGAUGCUGUUACCAUCGAUGAGGAGGAUGGGAUCAUGUAUAUCCAGAUGCCGUCGCCCAAGCCCUCGGCAUUUUCAGUGGGGUUUUCGUCUAGGGUUCCUAUGCCGACGUUGGAAUUUCUAUUGGGGGAGAAGGAAGGAGAUGAUGAUGAGGAGGAGGAGGAUAAGGCCAACAAACCGUUCGUGGACGAUGGUGAUGACACGGAGUUGAUAAUAAAUGCGGGCAUCACCGGGCAGCUAGGCCAGCCGUAUCAGGACGCGACAAUCCGGCUGCCGGACGGUACAGUCGAAGAUCGUCAGCUGCCGCUGCCAUAUGUACUGGCCGCGGAACAGUUUCACCUGGGAGUCAGUGCGGCUCAUGCAUUUGGAGGGGCUUAUGGCGCAAAGGGGAUGCUUGCAAAGCCACUGUUCUCGUUUCUGCAGGAUACGAAAAUUGCUGUGAAUGCUUCGGCGUUGCCGCGCCCAUCGCUACAGACGAGCUGGGUGAAGUCUGUUAUACCUAUCCCUGGCACAACGCCAUUUCAGGUCCAACUGACCGCUAAAUUUGACCGAUCAUUGCGGCAGGCGCUUCCUAGCCUUGGUCUCAAUGUCAGCAGGCCCAUUGGCGAUCGGACGUUCGUGUUUUGUGACUGGUCGAGCGGCACCGUGUUAUGGCCGCUGGCUGUACAUCGCUUUUUCCAACCGCUUAUGCAUAUUGGUUUGCAGCCUGAAACCAUGCUCUCCAUUCCUCUUCAAUUGGGCAGUUUCCAGAUCGGCGUGGUCUCUCAGGCCACCCAGCAGGCCGGAGGGUUGGAUGACGACGAUAACGACGAGGAAGAUAACGAGGAAGAGUUAGAAUUGACCCGUCGCAAGCAGCGCAAGGAAUCAAAGGCCGCCGAAUCCUGGCAGGCAGUCAUUGCAGCUUCCCCUAUGGGGCCAAGUAUGUCUUUCGCCUAUUCCCGGAAUGUUUUCUCUGGGCAAGCGGCCUACGAGCAGGUACGCUCGGAAUGGAGCUCUGAAGGACGUUAUCCCUUGACGGCGGACAACGAACCGCGGUCUGUUCGGAUCAAUGUCGACACCAUUGUGGGGCAGGAUCUGUCCCUUGGGUGGCAUAUUGAGGGAACCCGCAAAGUUGGUGAGUUCGCUCGCAUGGGACUGGGUGUUGGUAUUCAGGGCGUGCAGGGCCUCGUCAUGACGGUAUCGUGGAGCAGACUGGGCCAGAAGAUCCGGCUGCCGAUUUCGCUCAUCCCAUUCGAGGCUGCCAACGCGGAUAUAGCUGCAUUGGCAGUGAUCUGCCCGUGGCUAGCGUACUGUGCGCUGGAGUUCGGUGUUAUUCGCCCGAGGGAUAGGAAGAAGCAACGCCGAGUCAUUGCCCGACGACAAAAGCAGCUCAAGAAGCUGAUGCCUAAGAAGAGAGCAAAGAGCCAGAAGGCUAUUGAGCUUAUGGCCGAGCAAGUACAGCGCCGACAGGCGAGGGAAGCCGAGCAGAAUGGCUUGGUCAUCACCCGGGCUGAGUACGGUCACUAUCCUUCGAAGAAGGACAAGGAUGGUGUUAGAGAACCGCAGGUCACAGAUGUUUCUAUUCCGGUGGCUGCUUUGGUUGAUCAUGGCCAACUGGCCAUUCCAAAGGAUAUGGUCAAGUCCCAUAUACUUGGAUUCCAUGACCCCGCUCCGCUUCUGCCAAAGACGCUGAAGAUCUGGUACAUCUACCAUGGUAAGGAGCAUUACACCGAGGCAAAUGACGCGGAAGGUAUUGCCUGUCCCAUGCGUCCGCACUUGCUGAGUUGAGGCUACUGAUGUACAGCUCCUCGCCUCAUGAUUUCCUGCAUCGCUAGUUAUUUGGCAU